AUGUGUGUUUGUGUGUGACCAUUCAUUCAUUCAUUCAAUCAAAUCUAAUCGUUGAAUGAAAAAAAUCAAAUCUUUCGAUCGAUAUAAGGGAAAUUCCAUUCGAAUAUCGAAUCCAAAUUUAUCAUCUCAUAAUCGAUUAGGAUUAUCUUGUCCAUUUUGUUUCUGGUUCUCUUUCUCCUGAUUUUAGUUGAUUUGAUUCAAAGCCAAAAAAAAACAAACUUGAAGCACCGCAUCAACACACUAUACCCACACAAGAUUUCCAUGUGUUUGAAUCAAGUUUUGUUUUUCUCAUCUUAAUUUUUUUUUCGGUACAUCGCCACCGUUUAUAAUUUCCGUUGAUACACUAAUUUCAAUAAUAACCAUCAAAAGUGGACCUACAUACUACAAAAAUAACGCCUCUACCACCACCACCACAGAAACGACCAUUUCUUCCUCCACCAUCUUCUUUUACAAAUAAUAAUUCCUUUUCUUCAUUAUCGAAUCCAUCACAAUCAAUACCAAUACAAACGAAUAAUAAUAAUAAUCAUUCGGCAAAAAUGUAUCCUGCCAGGCAUCCGGGACCACCGCCACAACCUGGCCAACAAUUUAAAUUCACCAUAAAUGAAUCAUGCGAUCGUAUUAAGGAGGAAUUUAGUUUUCUACAAACACAAUAUCAUGGCCUCAAAUUGGAAUUGGAAAAAUUGGCAAAUGAAAAAACAGAAAUGCAAAGGCAUUAUGUUAUGUAUUAUGAAAUGUCCUAUGGGCUUAAUGUUGAAAUGCACAAACAAACCGAGAUUGCCAAACGGCUAAAUGCAAUCAUUGCUCAAAUAUUGCCCUACCUACAACAAGAUCAUCAGCAACAAGUUGCAACAGCCGUUGAAAGAGCCAAACAAUUAUCAAUGACAGAAUUGAAUGCCAUCAUUUCGCAACAGAUGCAUGCUCAGCAAUUACCUCCACAUGCUGCUGCUGCAGCAGCUGCACAUGGACCACUUCCAUUGAUGCCACAUGCAUUAGCCGGUAAUUUACCACCAAUGCCACCGGGUGCAGCCGGUGCUGCCGGUUUAUUGGCAUUAGGUGGACCACCUGGACAUCAUAUGCCAUCAGUUGCAGCAGCAAUGGCUGCCGCUAAUUCAUCGGCAGCGGCCGCUGCUGCUGCUGCAUCAGCAGCAAUGAAAGAAUCAAGAUCUGGACCGGAUAAUGAUCAAAUUUCAUCGAAACGUUCCAAUAGUGUGCAUAGUUCUGAAGAUCGUCAGCGUAAUUCAAUAUCACCAAAUGAAAGGGAAAAAUAUCGUCCAUCGCCAUCAGAAAUGAAUGAUCAUGAUUCAAUUAAAAAACGUAAAUGUAAAGAAGAAAAAGAUAGUGAUGGUGAAAAAAGUGAUCAAGAAUUAGUUGUCGAUGUUGCUAAUGAAGAUAAUGUUGGUGUUGGUGGUCCAACAUCGAAUUCACAAUCGAAUGGUACAACAUCACCACGUGAAAAUGGUAAUUCGAUGGAAAAAAUCUCGAAAAAAGAAUUUCCAUCACAUAGUCCACAUUCGAGCAUAUCAUCCAAUUCAUCGACACCAUCAUCCAAACAUAAAGAUACGGAAAAAUCCACGACACCCAUACCGAAAGCAACAACACCGAAUGGUGCAUUGGGUAAAUCAUCGAUACCGAAAACACCGCUAGGUCCACCUUAUCCGUAUCAAAUGCAUCCAGGAGCUCCACCACCUCAUCAAAUACCAGCCGAUCUCAGCGCUGCAGCUGGACUGUAUUCGCAAUCAUUAGGUUUACAUAAUAAUAUGCCACCAGGAUAUCCACGAGGAUUGCCAUAUCCUGAUCCACAUUCUUCAUUGCGUACAAAUCCUGGCUUUCCAGCACCACCGGGUGCUAUUUCGGGUGGUAAACCAGCCUAUUCAUUUCAUGUAAAUGGCGAAAACCAAAUAAAUCCAGUGCCAUUUCCAGCUGAUGCAUUAUUGGCACCAGGAAUACCACGUCAUGCUCGUCAAAUUAGCACAUUGAAUCAUGGUGAAGUGGUUUGCGCCGUUACAAUAUCGAAUCCAACUAAAUAUGUUUAUACUGGUGGCAAAGGAUGUGUCAAAGUUUGGGACAUUAGUCAACCGACAGCCAAACAUGUUUCACAAUUGGACUGUCUUCCUCGUGAUAAUUAUAUACGAUCUUGUAAACUACUACCGGAUAAUCGUACAUUGAUCGUUGGUGGUGAAGCCAGUACUAUUACUAUAUGGGAUCUUGGUUUGUCAUCUCCACGUAUAAAAGGAGAACUUAAUUCUUCUGCACCAGCUUGUUAUGCAUUGGCCAUAUCACCGGAUUCAAAAGUUUGUUUCAGUUGUUGUUCAGAUGGAAAUAUUGCCGUAUGGGAUCUUCAUAAUCAAAGUUUAGUACGACAAUUUCAAGGCCAUACGGAUGGUGCCUCUUGUAUUGAUAUUAAUUUUGAUGGCAAUAAAUUAUGGACUGGUGGCCUCGAUAAUACUGUUCGACAUUGGGAUCUACGUGAAGGUCGACAAUUACAUCAAUAUGAUUUUAAUUCACAAAUAUUCUCAUUAGGAUUCUGUCCAACUGGUGAAUGGCUAGCAGUCGGAAUGGAAAGUUCAAAUGUUGAAGUAUUGAACGUAAAUAAACCGGAUAAAUAUCAACUACAUUUACAUGAUAGUUGUGUAUUAUCGUUGAAAUUUUCAAGCUGUGGAAAAUGGUUCGUAUCGACUGGCAAAGAUAAUUUGCUCAAUGCAUGGCGAACUCCAUAUGGGGCUUCCAUAUUCCAGUCAAAAGAAUCAUCAUCAGUUUUAAGCUGUGACAUUUCAUCGGAUAAUAAAUUCAUUGUCACUGGAUCUGGCGAUAAAAAAGCAACAGUUUAUGAAGUCAUCUACUGAAAAGAAAUGCUGCUGCUGCUGGAAAACCUUUUAAAAAUUAUUAUCUCAUCUCAUCACACACACACACACACAUAUAUUGCAUUGACAUUUGUACAGAACGAACGAUUCUUUAAUUCUUUCUUAAAUCGAUUCACAAAUAUCUAAAAAAGACGAAGAAGAAAUGCAACAUUUUUUUUAAAUUAUUUCAUUGUGAUUUUAUUUUGCACAUGAUUCACAUAUUCACGUUUUUUUUCUGUUUCAUCAUCAUCAUCAUCAUCAUUGCAUGUAGAUCUCAACAUUCUGUACGAAAUUAUUUCUCUUUUCAUUGCUACUUUUUUUUAUUUCUUGCCAUGUUUUCAUUCAUUUUUAUUCAAUCAAUCAAUAUAAUCAAUAUAUUUCACAA